AUGGCGGCCGGCGGGGGCUCCGGGGAGCAGGUGGACCAGUACCGGGCCGAGGUGGAGCGGCUGACGCGGGAGCUGGCGGAGGCGAACCGGGAGAAGAUCCGCGCCGCCGAGUGCGGUCUGGUGGUUCUGGAGGAGAACCAAACCCUGAAGCAGCAGUACGCGGAGCUGGAGGCCGAACAGGAGGCUCUCCGCCAGGAGCUGGAGCAACUGCAGGAGGCGUUCGGCCAGGCCUACUCCACCCAGCGCAAGGUGGCGGAGGACGGGGAGAGCAACGAGGCCACGCUGCUGCAGGAGUCGGCCACCAAGGAGGCCUACUACAUGGGCCGCCUGCUGGAGCUGCAGGCCGAGCUGAAGCACUGCCGCUCCAGCGCCAGCGGCGCCCAGGCCGACAGCCAGCACCUGGGGGGGCUUCUGCAGGAGACACGAGAGAGUAACGAGAUGCUGGAGCUGCAGAGGAGUCGGAUGCGGGAGGAGAUCAGGGAGUAUAAGUUCCGGGAGGCGCGUCUCCUGCAGGACUACACGGAGCUGGAGGAGGAGAACAUCUCCCUGCAGAAGCUCACGUCCACGCUCAAGCAGAACCAGGUGGAGUACGAGGGGCUGAAGCACGAGAUCAAGGUGCUGGUGGAGGAGACGGAGCUGCUGAACAGCCAGCUGGAGGAGGCCCUGCGGCUGAAGGACAUCUCCCAGGCGCAGCUGGAGGAGGCGCUGGACUCGCUGAAGCACGAGCGCGAGCAGAAGGUGCACCUCCGCAAGGAGCUGGUGCACCACCUCAGCAUGUGCGACGUGGCCUACACGGGCAGCGCCCACCUGACCUUCACCUCCGCGCCGCCCAGCGGCACCGCCACGCCCACCGCCCUGCUCUCGCCCACCUCCGAAGACUCCGCCUCCAGGUGUAAUGGACAUCUCCAGGGGGCAAUAGGGGUGGGGCCAAAUGUCGGGUCUGUAAUCCGGGCCAAUGGGGAGUGUCGGGGGGCGGGGCGUAAGAUGGAGGGGGUGGGGCCUGACCUCUUCUCUGAGAUCAACCUGCCGGAGAUGCAGAAGCUCAGGCAGCAGUUGAUACAGGUGGAACGGGACAACCUGUCUCUGAUCAGCCGCCUGCAGGAGUCCCAGACCCAGCUGCAGCACACGCAGGGUGCCCUGGACGAGCAGCACGACAGGGCCCUCCGCCUCAGCCAGAAGGUCACCGUGCUGCGGCGCCUGCGCCGUGGGGCCCAGCUCGCCCGAGGGGCCUCCUCCGACUCGGACUCCCAGCUCCACGGGGAGGCCCAGUCGGAGCAGGAGAUGGAGGAGGAGGAGAAGGAGGGACUAGACGAUGAGGACGAAGAGGGCAACAGAGAGGGGGAGAGGAGGGGCAGCAGGUGUCACGUGUUUGCGUACCAGACGCCGGGGCUGGAGAUCCUGCAGUGUAAGUACCGGGUGGCGGUGACGGAGGUGGUGGAGCUGAAGGCGGAGCUCCAGAUGAUUAGGGAGCGGUCGGCUGCGGCAGCGGCGGCGGCGGGGGCGGGGGAGGAGAAGGCGAGGGAGGGGCCGUCGGUCAAAGAGAUGGAGGUGCAGGUGGCUCGUCUGGAGAUGAGCUGUCGGGAGGGGCGAGACAAGGUGAAGGGUCUGGAGGCAGACCUGCGCGCGGCCCAGGGUCAGGUGACGGAGGGCCAGGGGGCGCUGAACGCAGCUCAGGACGAGCUGGUGACGCUGAGUGAGGAGCUGGCCCAGCUGUACCACCACGUCUGCCUGUGCAACAACGAGACCCCCAACCGCGUGAUGCUGGACUACUACAGGCAGGGCCGGGGCCUGAGGGGUCUGGCCGCGGGCCUCAAGGCCCUGUCGGCGGACGAGAGCCGCGUGCUGCUCACCCCCCGCCUGGCCCGUCGCCUGGCCGCCGUCGCCGCGGCGACCGCCAGCCCCGGGGAGUCGCGGAGCCCCUCACAGUCCCCGUCCAAAGAGCCGCCGUCCAGGGGGGAGGGGCCGCAGAAGGACACCCCCCAGGGCCCCUCCUCCUCCCAGCGGAGCCCCGGGCCCCACACCCCGCCCACCCGCUCGCCCAGCAUCAGUGCCUCUUCAUCGUCGUCAUCCUCCUCGUCCCCCGCCCUGGAGCCCGCCGGCGAGCUCCGCAGGGAGCCGCUGAACAUCUACAACCUGAACGCCAUCAUCAGGGACCAGGUGAAGCACCUCCAGCGGGCGGUGGACCGCUCCCUGCUACUGUCCCGGCAGCGGGCGGCGGCCCGGGAGCUGGCCCCGCUGCUGGACAAGGACAAGGAGAGCUGCCUGGAGGAGAUCCUGAAGGUCAAGUCCCUGCUGAGCACCAAGAGAGAGCAGAUCGCCACUCUCAGGCUGGUCCUGAAGGCCAACAAACAGACGGCGGAGGUGGCGCUGGCCAACCUGAAGGGGAGGUACGAGGCGGAGAAGUCCAUGGUGACCAACACCAUGACCAAGCUGAGGAACGAGCUCAAGGCACUGAAGGAGGACGCCGCAACCUUCUCCUCCCUCAGAUCCAUGUUCGCUAGCAGGUGUGACGAGUACAUGACCCAGCUGGACGAGAUGCAGAGGCAGCUGUCGGCGGCCGAGGACGAGAAGAAGACGCUCAACUCCCUCCUGAGGAUGGCCAUCCAGCAGAAGCUGGCCCUGACCCAGCGGCUGGAGGACCUGGCCUUCGACCAGGAGCAGACCCACCGGGGGCCCCGCGCCGGGGCCAAGCCCGGCCGCGCCCGCACCGCCACUCCCAAAGUAAGUCCCCCGUCCUCGGGCUUGACCCGGGGCCCCCCGACGACCUCGGGCCCCUGUAGCCUCCCCCCCUCCACCCUAGUCAGCCCCACUUCGGCGGGUUUUGAUAAGGCCCACGUUCUGACACGUAGCCCCUCGUUCGUGGGUUCGGCCGCUACCGCUCUGGCCUCGGGCCUCGCCUCCCCUACCUCCCCUCCUGCCCCGUCCAAGCCGCCCUCGCCCCUGCGGCCGGGGCCCCGGCCCCUCGGGAGCCCGCCGCCCCUGGAGACGCCCGCCUUUUCGUCGGCCUGGACGCCGCACGCCACGCCGCUGCGGGUGCCCCCCUCCCAGUGGACCCUGGGCUUGCGGACGGUGGUGGUCGACUCCCACAGUUUCAGCGUCAGCAUCUCCCCCACCAACCCGUCCCGCGGCCUCCUCUCCAGGGAGCACGCCUCCGACGGCCCCCAGCUCUCGCCCUCCCCCGCCGGCUCCGCCUCCGCCCUAUCUAGGUCCCCCCAGCCCAGCUCCGGCGCCGCCUCCCAGUACCGCUCCCUGCUCCCGUCCGGGCGGCGCUCCGCGUGGAGCUCCACGCCGCGGGCUCGGCCCCUGUCCACGCUGUCGCGGCCCUCGGCCCGCUACACGCCGUCCUUCUCCUCCCCUUACUCGUCCUUCCACUCCCCAGCCUCCUCCUACGGUUACUCCUCGGCGUACGGAAGCGCCUCCUACGCUUCGUCUAGUGCAAACAGGUCCUCCCCUUCCUCCUACAACCACUCCUCCAGCUACAGCCCGCUCUACCCACGGUACUACAGCCCCCAUCAGCCCCGGCACUGA